CUGAUUGCAGCCAAUGAGAUUUUACAAUUAGCCCAAUCAGCGGCCAUCCUCAGGAUGUCACUGCGGGCGAGUUAGGAGGGUUUGUUGAACAAGACAGUCGCUGCGUCUCAGCAGCAGAAAGCCACUGACUCACGCCUCUCUGGUACUUGAGAGUCAGCUGCGAACCUGCAAACUCCGAGACAGCCGCUCCGACUGCAGCGCGCACGCAGCUUUCUUUCCCACGGAAUUCCGGUGGCGCUUAUAACGCGGUUUAAAUUCUGUCAAUCAGCGCGUGACGAUGGAAACUAUAGCGGCAGUUUUUACGGUCACCAGCGCUUCGGUUUAUUAGUCGCUGCGAAGAGGACACCGAUGAACGCUGAUGGGAUUCUGCAGCUCUGUCGUUUCUUCCUGUGGAGAUUAAACGCGAAGGAUUUUGGCGAUCAUUUAAAACAAGUCUAUGCUACUAGAAACGCACCAAAACGAAUGCUUUAAUGUUUUAAAGGGCGAGUAACUGUGUUUCUGGAGUAAGUGAGUUGGGAUUCCUGUGAAGGUGCCCAUCAUCCGCAGUGCGAGCGCGACUGCGGCGGUGAGGUGAAAUACGCAGCGGGAACAGGUACAGAAUGUCCUCAACUUCAUGAAAAUCCUGAAUACUAAUACAGAAUACAAGAAGUGAGUAGUGGACAGAGACACUCUUCCCAUCAGGCACCAGGACAAUGGCUUUCAACAACAUGAGAUGGACCAUUUUAACUUUUUCUUUCUGCAUCCUUGUCUUAUUGGUUCCCCUCUUGGCCACCAGGCCCCAUCAGCCUUCAGUGGAAUCCAGAGUACUUGAGGAAUACAGUACAUUUCGGGCUGAAAACCCUGAAUGGACCUUUAACCACCUAGCUGUGGAUCACAGAAAUGGGAAUGUGUACCUUGGGGCGGUGAACCGCAUCUACAAACUCUCACAUGGGCUGGACGUACAGGUGUCGCAUCAGACCGGACCAGAUGAGGAUAACCGGAACUGCUACCCACCUCGUAUAGUCCAGCCUUGUAGCGAACCACUUUCGUUGACCAAUAACGUCAACAAGAUGCUGCUCAUGGACUACCGCGAGAACCGGCUGCUGGCUUGCGGAAGCCUGUACCAGGGUAUUUGCAAGCUGCUUCGCCUGGAUGAUCUCUUCAAACUAGGAGAGCCCUUCCAUAAAAAAGAGCACUACCUCUCUGGCGUCAACGAAAGCGGCUCCGUGUUCGGAGUCAUCGUGUCUUACGGAGAUGCCUCACCCGAUAAGCUUUUCGUGGCUACUGCUGUUGAUGGAAGACCGGAGUACUUCCCAACAAUAUCCAGUCGUAAGCUCACCCGCAACUCGGAGGAGGAUGGGAUGUUUGCCUACGUCUUCCAUGAUGAAUUCGUUGCCUCUAUGAUUAAGAUUCCAUCAGAUACUUUCACGGUGGUGCCAGACUUUGACAUCUAUUACGUCUAUGGGUUUAGCAGUGGAAAUUUUGUGUAUUUUCUCACGUUGCAGCCCGAAAUGGGCGGAGGCCCGACGACAGGGUCAUCCGCGGCAGGACGCGAACAGGUGUACACUUCCAAACUGGUACGACUCUGCAAGGACGACACGGCGUUCAACUCGUAUGUCGAGGUUCCUCUCGGUUGCGUAAAGGAUGGGGUUGAGUAUCGCCUACUGCAGGCUGCUUACCUGUCCAAGGCAGGUACUAUCCUGGCACGGUCACUGAGCGUAGGACCAGAUGAUGACAUUCUAUAUGCAGUUUUCUCCAAAGGUCAGAAGAGAAGGCCCAAGGAGACAUCUCAGGAGUCUGCACUCUGUGUGUUCACUUUGAAGGAAAUCAAUGAAAGAAUUAAAGACAGGUUGCAGUCUUGUUAUAAAGGAGAGGGGACAUUGGACCUCGCCUGGCUCAAAGUGAAAGACAUCCCAUGCAGUAGCGCGCUCCUUACCAUUGAUGACAACUUUUGUGGUCUGGAUAUGAAUGCCCCACUCGGCGUCUCCGAGAUGGUACGUGGGAUUCCUCUAUUCUCGGAGUCCAAGGACAAGAUGAUGUCUGUUAUCGCCUACGUGUACAAGAACCACUCUCUGGCUUUUGUGGGCACCAAAGGUGGCCGCCUGAAAAAGAUUCGGGUUGACGGUCCCUCACACGGUGCAUUGCAGUACGAAACCAUUCAGGUGGUGGACAACGGACCGAUCCUGCGAGACAUGGCCUUUUCUGCCGAUCAGCACUUCCUGUAUGUGAUGUCGGAGUCACAGCUGACCCGUGUCCCAGUGGAGGCGUGUGAGCAGUACUCGUCAUGUGGUGAGUGCCUGGGAUCUGGAGAUCCUCACUGCGGCUGGUGUGUGCUCCACAGCACGUGCACCAGGAAGGAGAAGUGCGAGCGGUCAUCCGAGCCUCGCCGCUUUGCAUCUGAUAUAAAGCAGUGCGUGAGGCUGAGUGUUCACCCCAACAACAUCUCUGUGUCCCAGUACAGCGUCAUGCUCGUCUUGGAGGCACAUAAUGUGCCCGAACUUUCUGCAGGGGUCAACUGCACUUUUGAGGACCUGGCUGAGAUGGACGGUCUGGUUGAAGGAAAUCGCAUCACCUGCAGUUCUCCAGCAGAGAAGGAAGUCCCACGCAUUGUCGUAGACCAAGGUGACCAUCAGAUCGUGCAGCUCUACCUCAAGUCAAAAGAGACGGGAUUGGCUUUUGCUAACACCAGCUUUGUCUUCUACAACUGCAGUGUCCACAAGUCGUGUCUGUCCUGCGUCGGAAGCCCCUACCAGUGCCACUGGUGCAAAUACCGGCACACCUGCACUCACGACCCCAGCAGCUGCUCUUUCCAAGAGGGUCGUGUCAAACAGCCAGAGGAAUGUCCACAGCUGUUGCCAGCAGAUCAUAUCCUGGUACCUGUAAAUGUGGUGAAACCCAUCACCUUACGGGCCAAGAACCUGCCUCAACCACAAUCAGGCCAGCGCGGGUACGAGUGUGUGCUUACCAUACAGGGCGUAGAGCAAAGAGUCCCCGCCCUCCGCUUCAACAGCUCCAGCGUGCAGUGCCAGAAUACAUCGUACACGUAUGAUGGGAUGGAGAUGAGUAGUCUCCCUGUGGAUCUGACAGUCAUCUGGAACGGAGACUUCAGCAUUGACAACCCUGCCCAAAACAAAGUACACCUGUACAAGUGUGACGCUCGGCGUGAGAGCUGCGGGCUGUGUCUGAAGGCGGACCCUCUGUUCGGCUGUGUGUGGUGUAAGGUGGAGAAUCGUUGCUCUCUGAAACAGCACUGUCCUCACCCCCAGAGCAUGUGGCUCGAGCACAAUGGCAUCAAUAGCAAGUGCACACAUCCCAAAAUCACAAAGAUAACUCCCCUCCGAGGGCCGAGAGAGGGCGGGACGCUGGUGACCAUCCGUGGGGAGAACUUGGGGUUGGAGUUCAGUGAGAUUCAGGACCAUGUGAAGGUGGCGGAUGUGGAGUGUACGCCGGUACCCGAAGGAUACAUUCCUGCAGAACAGAUCGUGUGCGAAAUGGGAAAAGCAGAACGCAGCCAGUUUGCCGGAAAUGUCCAAGUGUGCGUCGGAGAGUGUCGGACCGAGUUCAUGGCCAAGUCAUCGAAGUACUACUACUUUGUGAUUCCUAGAUUAUUGAGUUUGAAGCCCAGUCGAGGGCCUGUAUCUGGGGGCACCAUAGUCAACAUUACCGGCAGCAACCUGGACGCCGGCAGCAACGUGUCCAUCAUGUUCAAAGACCAGAAGUGCACUUUUCAAAGAAGAGGAGGACAAUGGAUAACGUGCCGCUCACACGCCUCAAUGCAAGGUUAUGGAAAUGUGUCCGUAUCUGUGUUCGUGGAUAAAGCACACAUUCACAAAGAUCUCAAAUUCGAAUACGUGGAGGACCCAACUAUCACCAAACUGGAACCUGAGUGGAGCAUUUUCAGUGGCAACACACCAGUGACCGUAACCGGCACCAACCUGGACAUCAUCCAGAACCCCCUCAUCAGAGCCAAAUACAAGAACAUGGAGACGGUCAACACGUGUCAAGUGCUGAGUCCCACCACUAUGCAGUGCAUGGCACCGGAGCUUCCCUACAGUCUGAGCAGACAUAAGGAGGUGCCCGAAAGACCCGACGAGUUCGGCUUUAUUCUGGACAGUGUUCAGUCUGUGCUGGCCCUCAACAACACCAACUUUAUCUACUUCCCAAAUCCAAUGUUUGAACCAGUCAGCGUGUCUGGUGUCCAGGAGCUCAAACCAGGGUCUCCCAUCAUACUCAAGGGAAGGAACUUCCUCCCUCCAGCACCGGGUGGGAACGGGAAGUUAAACUACACCGUUCUGAUAGGAGAUAAACCUUGCGUGUUAACCGUAUCCGAUUCUCAGCUGCUCUGCGAAUCGCCCAAUCUAACCGGACGUCACAAGAUCAUGGCUCGCGUUGGUGGAAUCGAGUUUUCUCCAGGUGUGGUUCACAUCACCUCCGACAGUCCCCUCAGUAGCACGGCCGUCAUCAGCAUCGCCGGGGCAGGAGGCCUUCUCAUCUUCUUCAUCGUCAUCGUCCUCAUCGCCUACAAGCGCAAGUCCCGUGAGAGCGACCUCACUCUCAAACGCCUGCAGAUGCAGAUGGACAACCUGGAGUCCAGAGUAGCCUUAGAGUGUAAAGAAGCAUUUGCAGAACUGCAGACAGACAUUCACGAGUUGACCAGCGAUCUGGACGGAGCCGGCAUACCUUUCCUAGAUUACCGCACAUACACCAUGCGAGUUCUUUUCCCUGGCAUUGAGGAGCACCCUGUUCUUAGAGACCUGGAGGUGCCAGGUUACAGACAGGAACAGGUGGAGAAAGGCCUUAAACUCUUUGGACAGCUGAUCAACAACAAGGUUUUCCUGCUGUCCUUCAUCAGAACGCUGGAGUCCCAGAGAGGAUUCUCCAUGCGAGACCGCGGCAACGUCGCCUCGCUGAUCAUGACGGUGUUGCAGAGUAAACUGGAAUACGCCACUGACGUUCUCAAACACCUGCUGUCCGACCUCAUCGACAAGAACCUGGAGAGCAAGAACCAUCCCAAACUAUUGCUCAGAAGAACGGAGUCAGUGGCUGAGAAAAUGCUCACGAAUUGGUUCACGUUUCUGCUAUACAAGUUCCUCAAGGAGUGCGCUGGAGAGCCGCUGUUCUCCCUCUUCUGUGCCAUAAAGCAACAGAUGGAAAAAGGCCCCAUUGACUCCAUCACUGGAGAAGCCCGAUACUCGCUCAGUGAAGACAAGCUCAUCAGACAGCAAAUUGAUUACAAGACAUUGGUGGUGAACUGCAUGCACCCAGACAACGAAAAGAGCCCAGAGGUUCAGGUGAAGGUACUUAACUGUGACACCAUCAGCCAGGUGAAGGAGAAGAUUUUGGAUGCCAUCUACAAAAACGUCCCCUACUCUCACCGACCCAAAGCCGCUGACAUGGACCUGGAGUGGCGUCAAGGCAGAGUGGUACGAGUCAUACUACAGGAUGAAGAUGUUACCACAAAAAUCGAGGGUGACUGGAAAAGACUCAACAUGCUAUUUCACUACCAGGUGCCUGAUAAUGCUGUGGUAGCGCUUGUCCCAAAGCAGGUCACUGCAUACAACUCGGUCAACAAUUCCACUGUCUCCAGAACAUCUGCUAGCAAAUACGAAAACAUGAUCAAAUACACGGGCAGUCCUGACAGUCUGCGGUCCCGCACCCCCAUGAUCACACCCGAUCUAGAGAGUGGGGUCAAGGUGUGGCAUUUGGUGAAGAACCAUGAGCACGGAGACCAGAAGGAGGGCGAUCGCGGGAGCAAAAUGGUCUCGGAGAUCUACCUGACCAGGCUGUUAGCUACCAAAGGUACGCUACAGAAGUUUGUGGAUGACCUGUUUGAGACCAUCUUCAGCACAGCGCACAGAGGAAGCGCCCUCCCCCUCGCUAUCAAAUACAUGUUCGACUUCCUGGAUGAGCAGGCCGACAAGCACAACAUUCACGACCCGCACGUCAGACACACAUGGAAGAGCAACUGUCUACCUCUACGGUUCUGGGUAAAUGUGAUCAAGAACCCACAGUUUGUGUUCGACAUCCACAAGAGCAGCAUCACGGACGCCUGUUUGUCAGUGGUGGCGCAAACCUUUAUGGAUUCAUGCUCGACGUCGGAGCACCGCCUGGGCAAAGACUCCCCUUCUAACAAGCUGCUGUAUGCCAAGGACAUUCCCAGCUAUAAGAGUUGGGUGGAGAGAUAUUACUCAGACAUUAAUAAGAUGCCUGCGAUCAGCGAUCAGGAUAUGAAUGCGUACCUGGCGGAGCAGUCCCGCAUGCACAUGAGCGAGUUCAACACCAUGAGCUCCCUCAGCGAGAUCUACUCUUAUGUGGGCAAAUACACAGAGGAGAUUGUGUCUGCGCUGGACCAGGAUGAUCCUGCCAGGAAACAGAGACUGGCCUAUAAGCUGGAGCAGGUGGUCGCCUUCAUGAGCCUGGAAAGCUGAGGACCGCAUUUCCCAGAGUGCACUGGGAGAUCCGUCAGAAACCGAGCCGUGCCUGAGUGAAGACUGUCCAUCUAUCUCAUCUCUUCUGUUUGCAAUCUUCCCACGAAAAACAAGCGUUUGCAUCCUAUUAGCUCUGCUUCCUAGAAGAGUAGAGAUGGGAACCGAAGGAUGGGCGGAGGAGCCAAGGACUACAUUACCUACGAUGCAGCGGACUGGGACGCCAUCCGGCUCUGCUGUGUAGAGGAGGGGUGGCUGCCUGAGAGUUCUGCUUCAAUGUGUCCACCAUCCUUCUCCCUGACUGGAAAAAGACAAAAAAAAACAUUUCUGUUGCCUUCAAAGUUUAGCCGAUAAGCAGAAACCACAUCGUUUGGUGUCAAUUUGUUCUGACUUUUAUAACUAGGGUAGAGUACGGCACUAAUAUAGUCCAUUGUAGUACUUUUAUUAAACGCUGAAACGCAAGACGAAGAUGGUACUGCAUGCAUCUGAAGAAUGCAGACCACACCAUUUCAUAAGACACGAAACACCUUGAGAAGAUCGUGAGCGUGUUGAUACAAAAAACACAAUCAGUGAAGUCCCUGCUUAUUCACACGUUAAAAAGAGCAAGGUGUAUUUCAAGGAUGCAGGGAGUUAGUGCUUCAAUCGUUUCGUCUCUUCCGAAAGCUUACUUGACAGUGAAAUUUGCUCACAUCUCCGUCAUGUCACCCUCAGCCUUCAUUUUGGCAUCCGUCUGGCUUGUGCACAUAAAUUUAUCCUCUCUUAUCUAAAUAAGUGGAGAAAAAGCCAAGGUUCGUUCCCUUUAGAAGCACACAAACACAUCUUUUCUUGCAGUAGCGGUAGAGAGCAUGGAUGCCAGGAGCUACGCCGAUCUGCAAGAUCUUUGUAAUCUUAACAAAAAAAGCACACAUUCAAUAGCUUUCAUUCAUCUCGUAGGGAACUUUAAUUACAAAUUAGAUGUUAAACGGGGAAUUGAUGAUGCGGGAUGGGUUAUUAAAAGUGCACAUGUGCAGCUUGGCACUGUUUACUGCUACAGGGUCCCACUGGAAACGUGUAAAUGGACAAAGUUGGUCAGCAGAACACCAAAGGAGCCCAAUAAAAAAACACACAACAACAACGACAAGCAAAGAUUGACUGGAGAAUAAAUUAGCCGAACACAAGGCGCUGUUUGUUUUAUGGCCCGCGACGCUCUGUAUCUGCAGUCCGAUAUUCGUUUCUCCUCAUUAUAUGCCCUAUAUGUACGUCCAAGUUCAGUUAUUGCACAACUCUGAGAAUGGGGGAAAAAAAGAAAAGGCUUGCUGCGAUUCGACGUUUGGCAGCGCUCGGCCUCGAGAGAUGAAUCUUACGGUACGACAAAGACAUACACGCAACUGACGAAAGGAAAAGAGACAAGCUGCCCUCUUUUCCAUUGUCCUAUGACCGUUUUCCCUUGACAGCGUACCCCAAUGUGGUGAUGUGAAUGUGUGGAGAUCAGCCCAGGUCCACCUUGGGUUCUUUAUUGGCUUUUUCAGCGCAUGUAUUUCAAUUUAAACUUCGAAAAAAUGGAAAACAGAAAAAAAUCAGCCUUGCAAUUGAUGAUGUGGACGUGUUCUUUUCUUUCUUUUGCUUGGAAGGAUGAGAUCGAAGAAACGGACGUCGUCUUUAAAAUCGCAACCGAAGUUAAGGUGGAACCUUUAUCCUGCCCUCGCAUUCGACUGCCAUUACCAUGUUUUGUGAAUGUGUUAGAUGCUAAUAAGACUAAGCAGAUAUAGUAUAUACCCUUGCAUGCUAACCUAUUUGGAUGAUACAGUAUGAAAUGAACUGCCUUGCUAGCGAUUUAUCUAAUGCUAUUAGGAAUAUUUCUAAACAGAACCAAACUCUUGUUAGGCUUUCAUUAGGCUCAUGAUAAUAAUCCUCUUUCUGUUCGCUAGAUUGCCUUUUUCAAAGGCUCUUGAGCUGAGAGUUCUCAUUCACAGAUUGCAUUCGUGCAGACAGACCACAGUGCAUCAUUACCGUCCACACAUCUGUCAGAUACAGAUGCUAAAUCACUGGAGGUUCACACCCAUUGUGACAUUUAGGGAUUUUCUCUGUCUCACACACAAACACAUCAUUUUAUAUUUAUUGUUGCAGCUCUGAGGAGUUGAUUCCUUUAUUGUGUCCAUUUGUCCCUCUCUAUUUGAAGAGCUCAGAUGCAAAGCCGCUAAACGCCACCUCCGUCAAAAAUAAGAUGAUGAUGAUGAUGAUGAUAUUAAGUGCUCUCGGCAUGCAUUAUACGUUUAUAUAAUAAUUACAGACCAUUCAGAAAACCCCGGUUUGUUGUCUUAAUGGGAAAAAAAUGCUCAUUUACAAGAAAACACGUUAGAUGCACUUAGAGGGUUUUGCAUCUGAGCUCCAUCCAUAUUUUUUUACAUUUCUGUGCAAAUCAUUUUGAUGCAAUGCUUUCAGGACAAAUCAAAUGAGCUUUUCACCAAAUUCAUUUUUUUAUGUUGUUUUGGAUAUUGUCUAAGUGUGAUUUAGGGUCCUUUGUGUUUUACCAGAGUAGCUUAGUAACAGAGGAUGGUGUUUAUGGGGUAUUUCAGGAACGUUACUGCCCAACUAAUGAGAUUUUAAGCAAACCAUUUUUAGUCUUUUGAAUAAACCUAAAGCAAAUAAGUGAAAUCCUGCAAAUGAAUUGUGGUUAUUUAACUUAAACCCCUAUAUGUGACAAAUCUGUAUUUAAAUAAGAAGAUAUUUAAAAGGUGUAAAUGUUUCUGGAUUUCCCCACUAUAUUAUCUGUUACCCCUCAUUUCUCAUGUACAUCCACAGCAGGUGUCGUGUCACAGGACCGCCCCCUUCCUUUAUGUCCAAAAACGCGAUGAUAAAGUUUCCACCUUAAACAUUUUGUAAGAACUCAAAAGUCCUGUUAGCCCAUUGUGAUUAAAGCGGGUGUUACAGACCUGUUAGUAAAAACUUUUUAACAAUUUAACCGAUUCGAUGCAAGAAAGAGUGACUCUGAUGGGAGGAGAGAAAGAAAGAGAGACCGGCUGAAAGGCAAGCUUCUCUAACUUUGUUAUAAUUAAUUGUAUACCUGUGUAUGUAAAUAUAAUGCAUUCCUAUUUUGCAGUCGAGAACAAAAUACUAUUUGUAAUAUAGAAUAAACUUUAUUAUGAAAAAUA